AAAGCGCGUGUGUUUGUUGCAAAAGUGCAAAAUCUCAAAAUCUCUAGUCUAAGUCCUCACUCUCUCUCUUUCAUCAUGGCCACGCAACCUAGUUGUUGUUCUCGUCGUCGUCGUCGUUGUUGUUGUUGUUGUUAAGUUUUUGUUUUUUGAAUUGAUUGAGUGUUGUGUUCCCCACAAAAAAUUGAGUUUCCUAAUCAGCGAAAAACCAGCAAAUACAGCCAGCUCCAGAGAGAGAGAGGGACAGAGAGAGAAAGAGAGCGUAGCGGAGAGCGGAGCCGGACUUAGUCAGCGGGGCCAGCGCGCCUAAUUGCUGCAGCUAUUCCCAACUGCAUGGCAAUUUAUGAUAAAUUUUGCACAAGGCUAUUUGGCAAAAAUAAUACGAACGGCAAUAAAUCCCCCACCACUCCUCCCCCCUACAAGGCAGCCAGGAGCAGGAUGCGCUGCUUGAAUGAUUGACCGGUUACAGAUACGUCGCUUGGGUGCAGCUGCGCGAAAUAAACGCACGGGAGGCGGAGGCGGCAGCGGAGUGAGUGGCGGCAGCUUUCACUCGGUUAGCGGCAUUACAACGCCCGCGACGGCCAGCACCAGCUCCUCCAGCGGCAACAGCUUGACACCGCAGCAGCAGCAGCAGCAACAGCAGCAGCAGCAUCCGAAGGAAGAGCAGCAUACACACACGCACGCACACACACAUCGACAUCAGCAUACACAUCAGCAUCAUUUGCGUAGCUCGCAGCAGCAUCAGCAUCCAUUUACGCAUUUUAGCUUUAACCCAUCGCCGGGCAGCAGUCCUGGCAACGGUUUGGGUCAAGAUGCGACUAGCGCACUUAACAGUCCCACGACCAUUGUGAACUCGGGCAGCGGCAGUAGCACUGCCUACGGUAUGCAACAGCAACCACAACAACAACAACAGCAACAACAACAACAACAACAACAGCAGCAACAACAAUCACAACAGCAAUCGCAGCAGCAACAAUCGCAGCUAGCAGCAUCGUGCAGCACAGGACAGGGCACAGGCUCCGGUAGUAAUAAUGCCCAUAACAAUGGCUCAAGUAGCGCGGGCAAUGCUCCUGCCGCUGGCGGCGGUGGCGGCCUCAACCUGCUGGGCGGGAUUGGAGGCUUGGGCGGCGGCGCUGCAGCGGCCGGCAUGGGCAUUUGUGGCGGCAUCAGCAGCACAGUGGGCAGCGCUGCAAUCACAGGCGUGCCACCAAUUGGUCUGGGCAUUGCCACCGGCAUCGGCAAUAAGAUUAUGCUGGGACGCAAGCAGAGCCUCAAGGGCGGCGAGCCAUUCCUGGCCGACUACGGGCCCGAGGAGUCGCUCAACGAGAGCGCCGACAUUGAGUGGGUGAACAAGCUAUGGGUGCGUCGCUUGAUGCGUCUUUGUGCUCUGGUCUCGCUGGCCUCCGUAUCGCUAAACACGCCCAAGACCUUUGAGCGACAUCCAUCGCUGCAGUAUAUCACUUUUGUCUCCGAUACGGCGGUCACCGUGCUCUUUACGGCGGAAAUGAUUGCCAAAAUGCACAUACGCGGCGUUUUGCAUGGCGAGGUGCCUUAUCUAAAGGACCAUUGGUGUCAGUUUGAUGCCUCCAUGGUCAGCUUUCUGUGGGUCUCAAUUAUACUGCAGAUAUUCGAGGUGCUUGAAAUAGUGCCCAAAUUUUCCUAUUUAUCAAUUAUGCGUGCUCCGCGUCCUUUGAUCAUGAUACGUUUUCUUCGCGUUUUUCUAAAAUUCAGCAUGCCCAAAAGUCGCAUCAAUCAGAUUUUCAAACGCUCAAGUCAACAAAUCUACAAUGUAACGUUAUUCUUUUUGUUCUUUAUGUCGCUUUAUGGUUUGCUCGGUGUGCAAUUCUUUGGCGAACUGAAGAAUCAUUGCGUGAUGAAUAAUACUAUAUAUGAUAUGCUGGGCAGGCCUCAGCUCACGAUUAACUCGCUUGCCAUACCGGACACCUUCUGCUCGAUGGAUCCCGACUCUGGCUAUCAGUGCUCGCCUGGAAUGCGCUGCAUGAAAAUGGACUUCCUGAGCAGCUAUGUGAUUGGCUUCAAUGGCUUUGAGGAUAUUGCGACGAGCAUAUUUACGGUGUAUCAGGCUGCCUCGCAGGAGGGUUGGGUGUUUAUCAUGUAUCGCGCAAUUGAUUCGUUGCCCGCUUGGCGUGCCGCCUUCUACUUCAGCACCAUGAUCUUCUUCCUGGCAUGGCUGGUGAAAAACGUUUUCAUUGCGGUCAUCACCGAGACGUUCAACGAAAUACGCGUGCAGUUCCAGCAAAUGUGGGGCGCACGUGGGCAUAUACAGAAGACGGCCGCAUCGCAGAUACUCAGCGGCAAUGAUUCCGGCUGGCGUCUGGUUACGAUCGAUGAUAAUAAGCACGGCGGACUGGCGCCGGAGACAUGUCAUGCCAUCUUGCGAUCGCCGUACUUUCGCAUGCUGGUGAUGACGGUGAUAUUGGCCAAUGGAAUUGUUACUGCCACAAUGGCGUUUAAGCAUGAUGGUCGGCCACGGCAUGUGUUCUAUGAGCGCUACUAUUAUAUUGAGGUGGUGUUCACCUGUCUGCUAGAUCUGGAGACAUUGUUUAAGAUCUAUUGCUUGGGCUGGCGUGGCUACUAUAAGCACUCCAUACACAAGUUUGAGCUGCUGCUGGCCGUGGGCACCACUUUGCAUAUUGUGCCGAUGUUCUAUUUGUCAGGGCUGACGUAUUUUCAGGUGCUGCGCGUGGUGCGUCUUAUUAAGGCCUCGCCCAUGCUGGAGGGCUUUGUCUACAAAAUCUUUGGUCCGGGCAAAAAGCUGGGCUCGCUUAUUAUCUUCACCAUGUGCUUGCUUAUCAUCAGCUCGAGCAUAUCCAUGCAGCUGUUUUGCUUUCUCUGCGAUUUCACGAAGUUCGAAUCAUUUCCGGAGGCUUUCAUGAGCAUGUUCCAGAUUCUUACGCAAGAGGCGUGGGUCGAGGUUAUGGACGAAACCAUGAUACGCACUAGCAAAACUUUAACUCCGCUGGUUGCUGUUUAUUUUAUACUUUACCAUCUGUUUGUCACACUCAUUGUGCUCAGUCUUUUCGUGGCGGUCAUUUUGGAUAAUUUGGAGUUGGACGAGGACAUCAAGAAGCUCAAGCAGCUCAAGUUUCGUGAGCAGAGCGCUGAGAUCAAGGAGACGCUGCCCUUUCGUCUGCGCAUCUUUGAAAAGUUUCCAGACUCGCCACAGAUGACAAUUCUACAUCGCAUACCAAAUGAUUUUAUGCUGCCGAAAGUGCGUGAAAGUUUCAUGAAACAUUUUGUCAUCGAGCUCGAGACGGACGAUCCAUCGCUGGUCGAGAACUGCAAGCGUCCCAUGUCCGAGUGCUGGGAGUCCAAUGUGGUAUUUCGCAAGCAGAAGCCUGUGCGCAUUAUGAACAAAACCGCCAAGGUGCGUGCGGCGGGCAGCAGUCUACGCAAGCUGGCCAUCACACAUAUCAUCAACGACAGCAACAAUCAGCGUCUCAUGCUCGGCGACUCCGCCAUGUUGCCUGUGGUGGGCACCAAGGGCGGCGGCGGUGGUCUCAAGUCUCAGGGCACCAUCACCCACUCGAAGCCCUGGCGCGUGGAUCAGAAAAAAUUCGGCUCACGCUCCAUUCGUCGCAGCGUGCGUUCCGGUUCCAUCAAGCUGAAGCAGACCUACGAGCAUCUGAUGGAGAAUGGCGAUAUUGCUGCCGCGCCACGUGCCAAUUCCGGACGUGCUAGACCACAUGAUCUGGACAUCAAGCUGCUGCAGGCGAAGCGCCAGCAGGCAGAGAUGCGACGCAAUCAGCGUGAGGAGGAUCUGCGCGAGAAUCAUCCGUUCUUCGAUACGCCGCUGUUUCUGGUGCCGCGCGAGAGUCGCUUCCGCAAGAUCUGCCAAAAGAUUGUCCACGCCCGCUACGAUGCCAGGCUCAAGGAUCCACUUACCGGCAAGGAGCGCAAAGUGCAGUACAAAAGCUUGCACAAUUUUCUGGGUCUGGUGACAUACUUGGAUUGGGUGAUGAUCUUUGCCACUACGCUCUCCUGCAUAUCGAUGAUGUUCGAGACGCCCAGCUAUCGUCUAAUGGAUCAUCCGACGCUGCAGAUUGCCGAAUACGGUUUCGUUAUAUUCAUGAGUCUCGAGCUGGCGCUAAAAAUACUUGCCGACGGCUUAUUUUUCACACCCAAGGCUUACAUCAAGGAUGUGGCCGCGGCUCUCGAUGUGUUCAUCUAUGUGGUAUCCACUUCGUUUCUUUGCUGGAUGCCACACAACAUACCCACAAACUCAGGGGCACAGCUCUUGAUGAUUUUGCGCUGUGUGCGGCCGCUGCGAAUCUUUACUUUGGUGCCGCAUAUGCGCAAGGUGGUCUACGAGCUGUGCAGGGGCUUCAAGGAGAUACUUUUGGUAUCGACGCUGCUCAUACUGCUCAUGUUCAUAUUCGCCAGCUACGGCGUGCAGCUGUACGGCGGUCGUCUGGCGCGCUGCAAUGAUCCAACGAUAAUGCGACGCGAGGAUUGCGUCGGCGUUUUUAUGCGGCGCGUGUUUGUGACCAAAAUGAAGCUGACACCGGGGCCGGAUGAAUCGUAUCCGGCAAUGCUGGUGCCGCGUGUCUGGGCUAACCCGCGUCGCUUCAACUUUGACAAUAUUGGGGAUGCCAUGCUGACGCUGUUCGAGGUGCUCAGCUUCAAGGGCUGGCUGGAUGUGCGCGAUGUGCUGAUCAAGGCCGUCGGACCGAUUCAUGCCAUUUAUAUACACAUCUAUAUCUUCUUGGGCUGCAUGAUUGGCCUAACUCUGUUCGUGGGCGUCGUCAUUGCCAACUAUUCGGAGAACAAGGGCACUGCCCUGCUGACCGUGGAUCAGCGCCGCUGGUGUGAUCUUAAAAAGCGACUCAAAAUCGCUCAGCCGCUACAUUUGCCACCGCGUCCCGAUGGACGCAAGAUUCGUGCCUUCACCUACGACAUAACACAGCAUAUUAUAUUCAAACGCGUCAUUGCUGUUGUCGUUCUCAUCAACAGCAUGCUGCUAUCGAUUACAUGGAUCAAAGGAGAGGUGCAUACGGAGCGUUUGGUUAUUGUUAGCGCCGUGCUUACCUUUGUCUUUGUCGUCGAGGUGGUCAUGAAGAAUAUUGCCUUCACUCCGCGCGGCUACUGGCAGUCCAGACGCAAUCGCUAUGAUCUGCUUGUCACCGUCGCAGGCGUUAUAUGGAUCAUAUUGCAAACCAUACUCAGGAACGAUUUAUCUUACUUUUUUGGUUUUAUGGUGGUUAUAUUGCGCUUUUUUACCAUAACCGGUAAGCAUACCACACUCAAGAUGCUGAUGUUGACGGUGGGCGUGUCUGUGUGUAAAUCCUUCUUCAUUAUAUUUGGAAUGUUUUUGUUGGUAUUCUUCUAUGCGCUGGCUGGAACGAUACUCUUUGGUACUGUCAAAUACGGCGAGGGCAUUGGCAGGCGUGCAAACUUUGGCUCACCAGUCACUGGUGUGGCCAUGCUGUUUCGCAUUGUGACUGGCGAGGAUUGGAAUAAGAUAAUGCAUGAUUGCAUGGUUCAGCCGCCGUAUUGCACGCUGGGUGGAAAUUACUGGGAAACGGAUUGCGGCAACUUUACAGCGAGCUUAAUUUACUUUUGCACAUUUUAUGUUAUAAUUACAUAUAUUGUGCUCAAUCUAUUAGUGGCUAUUAUCAUGGAGAACUUUUCGCUGUUUUAUUCAAAUGAAGAGGACGCGCUGCUUUCCUAUGCGGAUAUACGCAAUUUUCAAAAUACCUGGAAUAUUGUUGAUAUACAUCAGCGUGGUGUUAUACCCGUGCGUCGAGUUAAGUUUAUAUUGCGUUUACUCAAGGGUCGACUCGAGUGUGAUCCCCAAAAGGAUCGCCUGCUGUUCAAAUACAUGUGCUAUGAGCUGGAUAAGCUGCACAAUGGCGAGGAUGUUACCUUUCAUGAUGUGAUUAACAUGUUGUCUUAUCGCUCUGUGGAUAUACGCAAAGCAUUGCAACUGGAGGAGUUGCUGGCGCGUGAGGAGUUCGAGUACCUGGUGGAGGAGGAGGUGGCUAAAAUGACAAUACGCACCUGGCUGGAGGGCUGUCUAAAGAAAAUACGCGCACAAAAUGCUAGCAAGCAGCAAAAUUCGUUGAUUGCUGGACUGCGUGCUACCAAUGAGCAACCUGUGAUGCGUCCCAAUCUGCAGGAGGAUAAAGCAGCUAGCGCCGGUUUGGACAAAUCCGCGAUAAGCACCAUCAGUGGCGCUGUAGCCGGCACCUGUCCGCCCACCAGCGAUGCCUUUUCGCCCACCUUCAGUUCCACGGAAAACGAUGAGAAGGAUGCCAGCAGCAGCGCCGUAGUGCUGCCCCAUUCGGAGGCCCAUGCCACAUCGUCGACGACGACGGCAACAGCAGCUGCCAGCACAACGCAACGUCAUGUAAUAGGCGUGGGCAAGCGAGCGUAUGCAUUGAAUCGCAGCGACUCGACGGGCAGCUCGGCGGGACGCAAAUUCCUGGCGCCCACCUCCAGUGAUCCGCAGCAGCGCAGCACACUGAGCGACAAGGAGCGGCUGCAUAUAAGCAAUCAGCAGCGCAAAAAGAAUUCGAUGACAACGCUGCCGCAUUGUUCGCAGCUGGGCCAGCUGGGCAAGCAGCGCGACGCGAAGUCUGGCGGCAAUUUCUUUGGCGAAAUGGGUCAAUUUCAUUAUCCGACAAUUAAUGCAAGCGCUGCGCAUAGCUUUGGCGCCUCCGAACAUCAGCAGCAGCAGCAGAUGCAGCAUCAUCAUCAUCAUGGUCAUCAUGGCGCUUUGGGCAGUCCGUCAGCAAUGAUGAGUCAACUCAUUGGCGGCACCGGCAAGCUGCUGCCUUUCAAUAAUCAGGCGAACGCUGUGUACGAGGUGCAUGACUGGUGGCAGGAGCAGGUGUUGUGCACACAGACCAGCGACGAUGAGGUUUAAUUUCUACGCUUAAAGACACACACACACGGACACAAGCAUACAGACACAGAUACACACACACACACAUACAUAUACAUACAAACAUAGCUAUAAAAGUCUACAGCCAUUGCCAUUGCCAUUGCCACAGCAUCUGAUGAGGAUCGCUUAGUGCAUUCAUGAAAGUCUAAUUAAAAAGCAAAUAUAUAUAUAUAUAUAUACAAUACCUAUAUACAUAUGUAUAUAUUGAACUCUUUGCGCUUAGCGUUCGUGAUGAUAGAGCAGUCGACUUUGACUUGCGCACAAUAAGAAAUUGAUAUAGCGAAGAGCAAUUGAUUAUUAAACAUUUCCUUAACAGCAGAACCAAAUAAUAAUGUUUACUAAUUGAACAAUUAAUAUACUUAUACUUAACUUAAUGAUACGGAAGCUAUUUCUGUGACAAUUUCAAAAUAAAGUUGACUGACAGAUAAGAUUAUUUACUUUAUAUACUUACUUAAUAUUAUUAUGUUUAUGCUAAGACAUAACAUCUAAGUCGUAAAACUAACACCAAUAAUUACAAUUUUUAAAAGCUUAAGCAACAGCAACAGUAACAACAAUAGUUAAAACUUCCACUUGCACCUUACACAAUGUCAAUGUAAAUACUAUUGUUAACUCUUAAUAAUCACAAUCAUUUGACUGGCAAAUAGUCAAAAAGUCAAUUUCGUAAGAGAAACAGUUAGCAAAUUCGAUAAGCUGCAGUGCAAAGAGUUCAAUAUAGAUUAGAGUGUACCUGAUUUUCAACGAAUCCUAACAAUAGUUAAAUUAGCAAUCAACAUUAAUCAUAGCUAAACAUUUUCUUAACCUACAGCCCAUGUCGAUUGAUUUAUCGGCCAUAGAAAUUUUUCAAUGACUGCCUUAGCACAAGUAGAAAAUAAAAUGUUCAACAAAAAUUGUG